GCAGACUGUCCGAUUUCCCCGAUCAGUUGUGAAAAAGACCCCAAGGCGACAAGAUGGUUAAGUUGACUUUGUAUGGCUUGGAUCCCAGUCCACCUGUUCGUGCGGUGAAACUCACUUUGGCCGCUCUGAAUCUGCCAUACGAAUAUGUAAACGUAAACCUCUUGGCGAGGGAACACCUUUCAUCUGAAUACCUGGAGAAGAACCCGCAGCACACGGUGCCCACUUUGGAUGACGAUGGCAACUUCAUCUGGGAUUCGCACGCAAUCAUUGCCUAUCUGGUGUCCAAGUAUGGAGAUACCGAUGCCCUGUAUCCAAAGGAUCCUCUCCAGCGAGCUAAAAUUGAUCAGCGAUUACACUUCGAGAGCGGAGUAGUGUUUGCCAAUUCACUCAGACCCAUUUCCAAGGCGGUUCUCUUCCUUGGCCAGACUACACUUCCCAAGGAGCGUUACGAUGCCGUCAUCGAAGUCUACGACUUUGUGGAGACCUUCCUGAAGGGACAGGAAUACAUCGCAGGAAAUCAACUGACCAUUGCUGAUUUCAGUAUCGUCUCAACUGUGACUUCUCUAGUGGCUUUCGUGGACAUCGAUCCAGUCAAAUAUCCCGGAAUUACCGCUUGGAUCAAAAAGCUGGAGAAACUGCCUUACUACGAGGAAGCCAAUGGAAAGGGUACGCGCCAGUUGGUUGCCAUUUUCAAAUCCAAGAAUUUUACUUUUGAAACCUAAGUUUUACGUUGAAAUUGACAAUUUUAAAAUACAUACCGAUAAAACAAUCUA